AAGGGUAAAAAAUGUGAGCGAAGCGAAGGGCAAACUUUUGUUUCCUCGUGAAACCAACAAACCUCGUUGUGGGACAGAGUCACUCUGGAGUCUGUGGGGGUCGGGGAUGAAGAUUUUUCAGGUCCAUUCAAGCAAGACGGCUCAUGAAGUUCAUUCAUAAGAAUCAAGUUUAAUCAUGACAUUUCAUUUCUGUUCAGAAGUAAACCAACACGGUGUGUACAAUAACCCUCACGCAGCGUGGAAGAACGGAGCAGGAUACCUGUUAUACCUGCCGGUGCCCGAUCUGCAACCUCUGAUGUGUUCUUGGACUACGCAAGUUCUUUGAUGACAUGGAAACAUCUGAUGGAUAAACCUGCUGAAGCAGCAGAAACCUGUAAGCAAGUCCAGACUUGAUCACAGACGGGCAUCAAAGGACUUUUCUUGGAGCUUCACAUGUGACCAAAGUGUGAACAUCAUCCUUCAUUUCAGCAGCUGUGUGUCACCUGACCUCCAUCAGAGCUGCAUGAACUCCUGUUCCUGUUCUGUACUUAAUGUAAAAGAAGCAGAGCAGGUGAGGACUGGUUCCUGAGUGAUGAAUGAACAUCCAGGUGCUGCUCUGCCUGUUCAGCAGCAGCAGCCUCACAGGCACAUUACUCCUCAGGCUGUGAGUGACCUGCAUGGUCAAGUUCUCCCCCUGACUUAGACUUAGACCAUGUCUGAACCUGUCCCACUGCUGCACUCUGCUCCAGAGCCUGUGGUCAGCCAUGCUCACAGACUGAUUGAGCUGGAGAUGGACUUCAGCUCCUCCUCUUGUGAUACAGCUAAGCCAGACACACAGCAGCAGAAUGGGCACCAGAGUCCAGAGCGAGCUCCUGGAUCAGAUCAGGAUAUGAAGGCUUCAGACUUGGACUGUCAAGCUGCUAUUCAGAGAUAUUCUCAGGAGGAGGAAGAGUUUCUAAAGCCUUGUGGGGCCGUAUUACCUCAGCAAGAAGAUGAGACAUCCCUCUCUGAUGAGCUUUAUUCUGCUGUUUCAUCAGCCCAGGAUAAAAGUAGCUGCAGCCACCUUCCAGUUUCUGCAAACACAACAGAGGACUCCUCUUUGGACCAGCUAAGAAUAGUAAAACACAAGCCAAGUGCCAUCGUGUUCAGUGAUUAUGAUAGCCAAGUGAUCUUAAGUAAUCGUGACGAUAGCUCCAGCGGUGGGGAGUCCUCCUCAUCCACGGCUGGAGAGGGAGACGACGAUGAUUUUCCUGAGACCUCACAAUAUAAGGAAUUCCUGGUCAGCCGUCGCCGGAGAAACUUGAGCAGGAGCAGGAAGUGCCUGAGGAAGAGACAGGAUGCCCAGCCUAGUAGCUCCGCAUCAAGGGGGCAAAAGCACAGCAAGAAGGAGAAACCUGAGGUCACAGGUAGCCCGGAGGAAGAGGAGACACGGCAGAAGAGUGGACAGCAGGCUGAUGCGUGCGAGUCUAUGACCCUGCUGAUGGAAAAGCUUGAUCACCUGAAUAAUGGGAUCCAAGAUGUCCACAGUGCCAACUCCUGCUGCUCAGAUGAAGGGAGUGCUGACACAGAGCAGAAGAGCAUCAUGGGUGCCCAGUCUGCAACCAGGACGACAAGCCGAACGCCAAGUCAGGUCCAGGGAGCUUUUAGAGCCUCAGACAAAUCAGAGCCACUGACCAGGCGCCCAUCUCGACCUUUGACCCGCAGCAGACCACUGACGCGUUCAUCUCUCUCGUCCCCUGCACAUCUUCAUGCUCGACGGGCCAGGGCCUCUGCAAGAAUGACCGGUGGCUCAGCAGAAAUUGAGGCGAAGGAGGCCUGUGAUUGGCUCAGAGCGGCGGGAUUUCCACAGUAUGCCCAGCUAUAUGAAGAUUCCCAGUUUCCCAUCGAUAUAUCUUCAGUGAAAAGGGACCACGACUUUUUGGAUCGGGAUCUGGUGGAGCCUCUAUGUCGGCGUCUAAAUACUCUGAACAAGUGCUGCUCCAUGAAACUGGACGUCGGCCACCCCAAGAAAAAAGGUGAUGACUCUGACGAAGAUGACCCAUUGGCCAUCAGUAAAAGAUGGACUUUCGAGUGGAGCAGCCGACGUUGGUCUCGGCUCCAGGACUUCCUGUUGGACGGCACCAAUGGGAGCAGCUCGAUGGGUCUUGUAGAAGGUCUGCACAGUACGGUGAGCAGUGAGAGCGUGCUGACAGACCUGAGUGAGCAGGAGAUCGCAGAGAUCUCUUCUCUGCACAGCGAGGACUCGGCCUCGGCCAUGCCUGACUCCUUAUCCAUGGCGUCGCUCUCUGCAUCGUACCAACCGCCUGGAAACCUCGCACACUACAACUCCCUGCCGAUCAAGGGCAGCCGCCAUGGGCAAGGGGGGCGGAGUAAAGCCAAAGAGUUUCUACGUCGCAUGGAAUUAAUGCGAACGUGGGGGCCGUCGUCGAGGCGGAAAAGCUCAAGUCGUAGGCCGCCGCUGGUCAUCAGUGGGCCGGUGUUACAAGGGGAGGAGCCUCAUGCUUUGCAGGUGCUCACAUGUACUCCCAUCAGCCAGCUAGAACAAAACCAUGAAACUGAUGGAGACACUUCAGUCUCGAUUACAAAUGAGAGUCAAGAUCAAUCCACAGUGAGCAUGAGCCCGAGCACAGAGACAGAGGAGCCCAGUGUGAAACAGCCUGUGAGUGCCAAACCCAGAACUGCCAACAAGAGGAGCAGCAAGUAUCUGGAAGACAUGGAGCUGCCUUCUCAGGGGAAGAGGACUGAGGGGCAGAGCCAGUUUGGUAGAAACCAGUUUCACUCGUAUGAAAACCUUCUAAUUCACAUCCCCAAAGACCACAAACCAGGCACAUUUCCAAAAGCUCUGUCCAUAGAGAGCCUGGCACCUUCGCCAGGUGACGAGAACCCCCAGAAACGAUCCCCGUCUAAAAACGGUGUGCACCAGUCAUGGUCUGGUAAACCUUUAUCCAAGCCCCCCUGUCCCGGAGCUCCUCGAGGCAGCAGGGUGAGCGUUUAUGACAAUGUACCGGGCUCCCACCUUUACGCCAGCACGGGGGACCUGCUGGACUUAGAGAAGGAGGACAACCUGUUCCCUCACCUAGACGACAUCAUCCAGCAUGUGAGCGGCUUGCAGCAGAUAGUGGACCACUGGAGCCGCAAUGUGCUCCCUGAGGGGGAUGGAGAGGAGGAAGGGGAGGGCAGGACCACACCCAGUGAAGGAGAGAGAGAUGGGGUCUCCAUGAACGACACUGAUUCUACGGGGACCAGUCGGGAGAGGCGGGACUCUGGGGUCGGGGCGUCGCUGACAAGACCACGUCUACGAUGGCCCAGUUUCAGGACCUCUGAUCAUCUCAAUCAGCCGGCGUCUUCCCUGCAGAUCGGCAGCCAAUCAGCCGGCCAGCUCAGCCUCCUGCAGAAGUUCUCUCUUCUCCGCCUCACUGCCAUCAUGGAGAAAUACUCCAUGUCCAAUAAACAUGGAUGGACAUGGUCUGUGCCCAAGUUUAUGAAGCGCAUGAAGGUGCCAGACUACAAAGAGAAGAGUGUGUUCGGUGUCCCCCUCAUCAUCCAUGUCCAGCGCUGUGGUUUUCCUCUCCCUCUGUGUUUACAGCAGGCCCUCAGCCACCUCCGAACACACUGUCUGGACCAGGUGGGAUUGUUCCGCAAGUCUGGCGUGAAGUCUCGAAUUCAGGCUCUGAGGCAGCAGUGUGAGCUUUUUCCUGACUCCGUGAGCUACGAGGACCAAUCAGCUUACGAUGCGGCCGACAUGGUCAAACAGUUCUUCAGGGACCUGCCUGAGCCACUGCUAACGAGCAAGCUGGGAGAAACCUUCCUGCACAUUUAUCAGUAUGUCCCAAAGGAGCAGAGGUUGCAGGCUGUCAGAGCAGCUAUUUUACUGAUGCCAGAUGAAAACAGGGAGGUUCUGCAGACGUUGCUCUCCUUCCUGCGUGAUGUGACUUCCAUGGUUGAGGAGAACCAGAUGACACCGAUGAAUCUGGCUGUUUGUCUGGGACCUUCACUUUUCCACCUCAGCAUACUGAAGAACGAGACUCUGUCCCCAAGAACAAUCCAGAGAAAGUACGCCACGGGCCGCCCUGAUCAGAAAGACCUAAAUGAGAACCUGGCUGCCACCCAGGGCCUGGCACACAUGAUCACUGAGUGCCAGCACCUCUUUCAGAUCCCUGAAGAGAUGGUAUCCCAGUCCAGAAACUCCUACAUGGAGGCCGAGCUGAUGGUGCCCCCGCUGGACGAGCUGUGCAAGGCUCAUGAGGAAGAAGCAAUCGAGGACGAGGAUGAGGAGGACGAAGAAGGGUCGUAUCAUGCUCAUGUUGAAAGGCUGGUCCAGAAUCUGCUGGAGGAGGCCAAAGAUAAGAGCAAAGGCUGGGUGUCUCGCUCGACUACUGACCACACAGAACUGGCUUUUAAAAAGGUUGGAGAUGGUAACCCGCUAAGACGGUGGCGAACGUGCAUUGAGGUGUCGGCACCACCCACCGAGGUGCUGCAUCGUCUGCUGAGAGAGCGCCCUCUGUGGCAGACCGAGCUACAGCAGGAGAAGGUUCUUGAGACGCUGGACAAACAGACUGACGUGUACCAGUACUCCUGCUGCAACAUGGCACCUCACCCCAGCUGUGACUACGUGGUACUGAGAUCCUGGCGCACAGAUCUGUGUAAAGGCUCCUGCGCGCUGGUGUGUGUGUCCGUCGAACACGAAGACAGCCCGCGCAUGGGAGCAGUGAGGGGCGUGGUGCUGGAGUCACAGUACCUCCUGGAGCCGUGUGGGACCGGGAGAACCAGACUCACAUACAUCUCCAGAGUGGACCUCAGGGGGAGAUCUCCAGAAUGGUACAACAAAGCAUUUGGUCAUCUGUGUGUUAAUGAAGCUCAGAGGAUCCGUGCCUCUUUCAACCCGCUGGAUCAGACGAGCACUGAGGCCAAGAACUGAACCCCAGGAAUCAGGGUCACACUACCUGAGCCGCUGGGCCCCAGAGAAAUGAUCCAGGUGGAGAAUCAUUCAGGAAGUGGACUUUUAGUGUCUUUCAUGCUGCUGGGUGACAUACUGUACUGAGUCCUGGUCAUUCACACAGAGAGGGGAGGAGUCUGUCAGUUAUCUUAGUGAUUAUGGACAUCUUUAAACAUUACAUUUCUACAUAUUCAUCUAAUUAAUCAUGCUUUUCUAAGCCUUUUUAAACACAUAAACUUUAAUUUCAAUUUAUAAAAACUGUAUGAAAUAACUUAUUUGAUAUUUGAUAUGUAGAAAGAGUAUUUUCAGUAUUUAUUCGUCUACAUCUACUCAUCCAAUAACUUGCAAAACAAGAUGACCUAAAGGACAUCUGCCUGCAUGUGAUCCUGGGUUAUUUUAUCUCAUCUUUGUAACACACUAUCUGCCUCAAGGUCACACUUAACUAUAACUGAUUUUGUGGUACACUUUGUAAGAUUAGAAAUGGCGUGAAUUUCAGUCAUGUGUACAGCAAAAUACCCGUAUCAGUAUCAGUGUGUUCUAUCUAUUCUAUUCUAUUCUAUUCCUUUAUCCAUCACUUUAAAAGUCACAUGCUGAAACAUGCAUAACUAAUAUGGUUAUUUACACUUCUUUCUCAGAUGUAUUGUUGAAUUUGACCCGAAUAAGGGAAACGUAUUUAUCCUUAACCUGGUAUUGUCGCAGUCAAAGUGGAAAUUUCAGUCACGACACUAAUGAGAUCUGAUAUUGAGCUUUAAUGUCUUUGGUAGCCACAUUCUGCAUUACAUCUGUCCAUAUAUAAAUCAAUGCAAUGUUUUUUUCACCCCUUUCUUUAAAGCUGUUGUCUAAUCCCAUUGAUAAAAUAUGCCUAUUAAUGAUUUAGCCUUCUGCAGGUAGAGAUGCAGAAAUCCUAGUGCUCUCUAUGAACAGGAGUGACCAGGACCAGUGCAUUAUGGGUACUCAUCAGCUCACAUUUCAAAAAGCGCACUUGAUCAGGAACAAGUACAAACGGGAUCUGGAUCACAGGACGAGGAAACAUUCAUCUGGGUCCAUUAAUGUGCGUCAGCCCUGUUAUUGAUAUAUUGUGUGGGAUAUCACUGUUCAGAUCUCUGUCACUAUUUUCAGUGUUAAUCUUAUCUCAUUUUAAAGUUAUUAAUGCCAUUAUUAUGAUGUUUUUGGUAUCUCCGUUGCAUUUUUAUGUUAUUUUCAUCGCUGUCAUGUUAUACAAUGUCUAAGACAUGUGACCAUUUCACUGCUUCUGGGAAGCAUGUUUGAAUUUGUGUGUGUGUGCAUGGAUGUGCCCGUGUAUCUGCAUUUUAGAUAUGUGUACAGCCUGUAUUGUAAAUAUAAAUGCAGUAUGAUGCUUUCUGUGCCAUCAGAUCAAACAUAAGAGCUUUUCAGGGUCCUCCUAUCAUAUUGAUAAGCUGAAAUGUGAACUUUUUUCCACACAACAUCCUUCUAAGGCAGAAUAGCAGCAAUAGCAGAAGAAGCUUGCACUGCCAUGGCGCUGCCUUGGCUUUUAUUUAUGUUCCAGCUGUAGGCAGUGUUGCUACUGUGUUGCUAUGAUACAAUAUCUCUACAGUGCCACCAAUAUCCUGCGCAGGAUGCUGUGUGCUGGGGAACAGUGUGGCAUGUGUGUAUGUGUGUACAUAUGUGUGUAUGAGAGAGUCGAAAAAGACGGACAGAGUGAGUGAGUGAGUGUGACGUGAGCCCUUGGCGGCAGUGGUGUGGGAGGAAGCUCCAAACUUAGCUCAAGACCAGGGUGAUUUCUGCUUGGUUGUUUCUGACAGAGUGACAGAAAACAGAACCAUUGUUUCUAAAGAAGAGAAUAAAACAAUAUGAGAAUUCAA